AUGUACCUUUUGCACUCGGGUCAUAAACUGCAAUUCCGUGACUGGUUUCAUUUAGCGAAGCAAGUUCCGGACACCUUAAAGUCUAGAUACAAUCUGCCUGCACCGGCAACUGUUUGCAAGUACUUACCCUUCAUUAAGGCAGGUAUAAGAGCUAAUGCACUCCGACGUUGGCAUGUGGCUUGUUUCUACUACAAUGGUCCCUUUGUCGCAGUAGAAAGCGAUCUUUGGAAGGAUGCAAAUGGUACUAACUGGCCAGGCUUGCUUGUUCAUUUCAACGACCCAGAAACCUUUGUGAUGCAAACUGUAUUCAUUGGAUUACUAGCUGUACGAGGAGGACACUCAGGCAAAAAUUUAGUAGAAUGGCAACGAGACAUUUUAAAUGACUGGAUUCAGGCGGACAAGAGGUCGAAUGGAAAGUUAGAUCUGAAACAGAUCUUUUUCAGCGGUACCCCAGAUAAUGCAGCGAAUGUCAUGAAAGCCAUGAGAGACACUGCCCUCUACACACUUGGUUGUCUAUCACAUAAGGUACAGCUAUGCCUAAAGAACGCAGUUAGUGGUGAUAUCAAAACAGCAAGUAAUCAGGUUACACUGUUGCGGGGAGAAGGUCUACACAAUGAGAGUGAAGACCUUCAAAUUGAUAUUCUGGAGCGGAUUAUAAAUAUGGAUACGGAUCUUGCUGAUCUUGCAUCCACAACGGAAGCUUACGAUACCACGGUGAUAGAGGCAUUAAUAACCAACAUUGCGACGAGAGCUGCAUAUUUCAAUAAGAGUACUGUAGCUAGUGACAAACUAGCUUUAGCCCAGCAAAAAAUCGGUCACGAGGUGAAGAAGGUUAGGACCAAUGGAUCAACACGAUGGUUAGGGCUGUAUCCGAUGGCUAAAAGAGAUAAUCUAAUUGAUCCUGCAGUAACCGCAAUUUUGGAGGAUCCACUGGAAAACCGUCCAUCUGGGUUGUGGUAUGGGAGAGAUGACAAAAAUAGGAAAAAUAAGUGCGAAUCGUCAAUAAUUGUGAAGACACUACGACGACAGUUUAUUGGAGUUUUGUGGCCACUUAUGGUACUACAAAUUAGAAUUCAAACAUAUACGCAAUGUUUAGCUGACGCCAACGAGAAAGUGAUCGAUUGUUUAACAACAACUUCAGUACAGGGCAGUUCGAAAACCAGUUCGGUAUCAAAGUCAUCUUUGGAUUGGCUAGAGAAUAUGGCGGAAGACACAGAAGCAAGUCCAGCCAGCAAGCGUCGCCGACUUUUGCAAACUAAGAAAGCACAAAGGAAUGUUGUGGUGGACACCUCUUCUAACACACCUUCAGAGGAAACUAUGCACCGGGAGAUGGAGAACAGUGUAGAUAGGGAACUAGAUAUAUGGGAAAAUCUGCCAGUUCAGCUGCCCAUCACGUUAAGCGAAGGCAAAUUGAUGAAUCCUACUUUGCAGGCAACAGAGUACUGGUUGAAAUUUCGGAACACAUUACCCAUUUCAUUCAAGCCUACAUCAUAUCAUGUCAAUCCGAGAGCGUCAUCUCAUUAUCCGGCAAUCUCCUCGAUGAUAGUCGGAAAGCGACCUUCAAUGAGAGUACAUUUAAAAAUAUGA